UGAGCUUACAGAAAAAUGAUAAUGGGAGGUAUUUCUAUUUCUUCAUAUAAAUACUUUAAACUACUUGGGAGAUGAUUAUAUUAAUACAACCAAAAAUUCAUGAAAAUUAUUUAAGCACUAAAUUACCCCAAGCUCCACUAUUUCCUAUUUUCCACUAAAAAAUCACUCUUUCCUACAUUUUUACUGUUAACAAUCCAUUAAACCUAGCAAAAGGAACAACUCCUCUUCAUCCCAUCAAAACUCCAACUUCCCAGGCCCCCCACACAGCCAUCUCCCCCACACCCUUCCAUCCCACAACCCCACCUCCACCCCCCUGCCCCCUUCCAGGCCCCCUUCCUCCCCCUCAGUGGCACCCCCUAUGCCUCCUCAUACUUCCUUCCAAAAUCAGUCUUUGCCAGUAGACUGGGCUAGAAGACUUAUUGCUGAAGAUCCUCCUAAAUACUUCGCUUUUCCUGGUAGCGAACAAAAUGAACUUUAUAUAAAUUCAUUGCGUCAGCUUCAUACAUCAAGAAAAAUAAGAUACAUUUUAACAGUCAUGCAAGAUUUGUUGUUCUUUGAAAGCCAGAAAGUCUCUAAUGAAAUUAAGACAAACUUUCUCCAGGAUAUAGAGCCUUUUAGGGAAAUAAUAAGAGGUAAUCCUGAAUUUUCAGGGCUCUUUGAGAACAUAAUGGCUGUAAUAAGAGCUCAAGAGCCUAAUGAGAAUCCUUCAGGGCUUGCAAGCCGGAAUAACCAGGCUGCAAGGGAAAAAUCUGAUAGCAACAGAGGUCUUAAUGGUUCUGAUGGAAGUUACAGGGAUAUCCACUUAGAACAAGUAGAGCAAUCAGAUAGAGAAGAAGAGAAAGAUACCUGUUUACUGAAGAAGAGAGACAAGAAAUUUUUAGAGAAGGAAAUUAGUGAAAAUAGAGCCAAUUCCAGUAAUAUCGAGGAAGAGGAUAAUCAUAGCUUAAAUAGUUUUGAUGAUGCUUCAGAAGAAGAAGAACGUAUACCUCAGCUAAGACCAGCUAGAGACCCGCCCUCUGAGAUUAGCAAUCUAGAAUCAUUUGACGAUUCAGAAAAAUCAAUUGCUGAAAUACAGAAUAGCGAAGUUCAAAUACAACGCAUUGAAGAUUCAGCUUCUGCAAAUAGUGAGAAUGAGCAAAUCAGCAAUUUAGUACCAAAGAAAGCAGGAAAAACACAAAGGACAGUGAGGCAACCUGCCAAAAUAAAACUUAUUGAUCUAUCCCAAAGCAAACUCACAAAGAAGCAAGCUAUUGAGUCAAAUAUGAAGUAUAUUGAGCUUAUGAGCAAGGAAUCUGUGUUUCCUCCAGAUUUUAUUUACUCAAAAUUGUUUAAAAUUGUCAAGCAGAAUCUUAAGGAGUUCUUUGUGAAUCCUGUAGACCUUGUUAUAAACAGUAAUGGGAAUAUCAGCUGGCCAAAGGGAGGCAAAUAAGACUCUAGCUUAUGGAACCUAUGAAACAGAAGGUGGCUUUUAUGGCUUGAAUUAUUAUGCAACCCUUGGAGUUCGUUGAAACCAAAGCUCCUUGAAUCCCACUAAGGGAUCCAUAUCUAGUGGUUGCACAGAUUCAAAUAACUUCUGGUGGCUUCUCUCAAAGGUAUACCUUAAUCGCGACCUUCUCGAAUCAGCCAAAGAAUGCUUAGACUCUUUCUUCAGUGCAAAAGAGUAUUCUAAUAACAAAGAAGAGGAAAAAGGAGAGAAUUUAACUCAACAAAAAUCGAUAGAUGAGACUAAAUUCACUAAACUAUUUCAAAACUCCUGCCAUGAUUAUAAUUCCUUGAUGAAAGAAGAUGGAGAUCUUGAGGGGCUGACUCAGGAACACAUCUCUCAAGAACUCAGUUACCCCAUCCCACCUCAGCAUGACAUCAGCCUUAGGAGUCAGAUUAGAUUUGAAAAUGAUGAAAAUGGUUUGAAUGAGUUAGAAGAUCCUGAACGAUUUAAAACUCUUCACUCUGAAAAGAUAGAUCCGAUUCAAGACCUUAUAACAACUAUGAAAGAGGGAUUCCAGAUAGAGCCAAAUGCAGAUUUAACAACAACCCAGCCGUUCAUAAAGAAGGAAGAUAUCAUCAAAUGUUCUGAAGAAGCAUCCAACUUGGAGAAUCAAGAUAACGAUUGAGACAUCCAAGAUCAGCUUAUGAUAGAUCAAAAUUUGGAGAAUGAAGGAAGAGAUAGCAUCUCAAAGCUUGAACAGAAGAUUGAGCAGAUUAAAGAAAGCAAAAUUCAGGAACUCCAGGUGUGUCUUAAUAAUCUGAUUGAGCUGAAUUGUACAGGAGCCAUUAAUGAUGAAGAAUUUCACUCUGAAUUGGAUAAAAUUUUGGAUCAACUAGGAGAACUGUAUUAUGGACAAAUUGCUAUCAGAGAUGGCUUAGUGGAUUUUUCUAAAGAAUCUCAAUGUAAUGAACCAGAAAAUGAAUGAUUAAUGGGUGAAGAAUCUUUAAGAAAAUCUCAAAAUGAGAAUUUAGUAAACUCUAAUCACCCACAAGAGACAGAAUUAGAGAUGCUCAUCAGACAUCUCCAGGUUCAACUUAUUUCAUGUAAAUCAUCAAAUUUGCAUUCAUUCCAAGAACUAAAGAAGCAGACCAUUACAUCAAAAGCUAUUGAAGAGCAACAUGAUUUUAUUAAAAUCCAAAAAGAUUUCUCCAAAUCUGCUGUGAAACCUUUCAAAGAGCUGUACUGGAAAUUAUUUGAACAAUGCAGGCUUCUUCAGAAAGAUAUUAAACCCAAGAUCCGUAAAUAUAGAUACAGGUACGGAGGUUGGAAAAUAGCUGUUAAUGCAAAACGAAAGCGUAGAAACCUCUCUAUGUCCCUAUUACCCGAAAAUCUCUGCCCUAACCCUUCCUCCUACCACAAAGACACCCCAUAUCUCAGUGAAAAAUCCGACGAAAUUAAUUUUUCCAAACUUCUCGAGUGAAAACAAGACCUUAAGAAAUUCCAACAAAAAAUCGAAGACUAUUCCCUCAAAAUGACCGCCAAAACAGAAACUCAGCUUAAGAAAGAAGACUCUGGGACCCCACUAAAAAUUCAAGAUCCUAAAUUUCCCAAAAUCCUAAAACAAGUAACCCCUGAGAAGAAGCAGCCAGAUUUUUUUAAGAAGGAAGUGAAGGUGGAGACCGUACAGAAGGAAGAGAAAUUAGAAGAAGAGAAGGAUCAAGAAGGUUGACAGGAGUCUGAACUUGGAGGGGAAGAAGAAGAUUUUGAUAUGGGUAAUGAGGGACAGAGGAUUGGUGGAGUAGAGGAAGAGAGAUUAGUAAGGGAAGGGAAGAAUUUAGAAGAGAAGGAGGUUAUGGUGAAGUUGGAAGAUGGAUGUGAGGGAGGAAGGGGAGAGAGACAGGAUUUGGCAGGUGGUGGUAAUGGGGAGAUUGAGGGGAAAGAUACUGUAAAGAUAGGCAAAUCUGGAAGUUUUGAUGAUAAGUCUGAUGAAAUUAUGGAUGGUAAUCAGAUAAGUUCCAAAAAUAAACAAGACGAGCUCUGUUCUAAUAAUCAAGUUGUAGAUGAUUCCCAAGAUGUAAUAAUGGAGGAUCAAGAUGUGAGUGCAUUUGAGUAAAGCAGUUUUCUCCCAUAAUACCUCACUUAUAAAUAGCUUCUCAAACCCUAAAACUUAUUUCUCAGUGUGUGAGGUGUUAAUAAUCAUUCUGUCAAUAAUCACUAAGU